AGUGUGUGUGUGUUCAUGGAUUCAUAAAAUAAUCCCAUUUCAUUCAUGUUGCUGAGCGGGAAAAGCUAAUGUCGUUAAACUAAUAACAUUAACAAGUAAACUCAAUGAGAUUUAUCUCAAAGCCAUCACUGAAAGUCUGUGCAACGAUAAUAAGUGGGUUUUCAGAGCAAUAAAACAUCCAUUGCGUCAGUUUGCAACGUAGUAAACAUUUGUUAUUUACAGCCAAGAAUAUCAAAAAUUCGCUGUGUUUAAGUACGAUGAAUAUGGAUAUGGAUGGUGGUAGUGACAAUAACUGGAGAGGAGUGCCUUUAAGUGAGUUGUAUGGGUCACAAUCUCCGUGGGGAGCGCCGGAGUUCCGGCUCGUUUCGCCGUCGCACAACCAUGCAGUUUUGUACCAUGUGCCGAGUAGUGGCUGUGUGGCUGCGGACAGGCCACCGAAGCCGCAGAUAGGACAGGACAAAUGGGACUCCGAACAUGUCCGGCUGCCCUGUUCUGAUCAGAGUCUUUACCCAGUGGGGGACAAUAAUGGUGUGAGCCAUCUCAAGAAGCGCUGGGAGAUGAUAGAGAAUGCUCUCUCAAAACCAAUACGCAAUAGCCAUGAGUUGGGCAAUGCCAUACUCAGCUACAACACUAACUUCCGGAAUACUUGGAAGUUCAGAGGACUGCAUAAACUGUUUGAUGAGUAUUUAGAAGAAGAGGAAACUCAAUACUUCUUUGAUGUAACUCUACCAGAGGUUAUAAAAUUAGCCCUGGACCUUCCUAAAUUGGUGCAGGCGCCAAUACCGUUACUCAAGCAACACAAGAACUUCUCAGUGUCUCUCUCCCAGCAACAGGUAGCAAGUCUCCUUGCCAAUGCAUUCUUCUGCACAUUUCCAAGAAGGAACGCCACUAAGAAGACUUCUGAAUAUGCUUCAUAUCCUUUCAUUAAUUUCAACUCGUCUGGUCUCUACGAGUCUUCUAACUCAGAUGCUAACUUGGAGAAACUGAAAUGUAUCUGUCAUUAUUUCAGAAGAGUGGUGACUAAAGUCCCGGUCGGUACGCUGACGUUCAGCCGUCGCUCGGUGCCGCCGCGCGACUGUCCAUCGUGGCCCAAGUCUACCAGACCACUAGGAUCCAUACCAUUACAUGUGGAACCGCUCAGCACUAUUGAAGAUGCUGAUUCGCUGAUACAGAUCGAUUUUGCUAACAAGUUUCUUGGCGGUGGUGUGUUAGGUCAUGGUUGUGUACAGGAAGAGAUUCGGUUCGUGAUAUGUCCAGAGCUGAUGAUAUCCAUGUUGUUCACUGAAGUCAUGAGGCCCAACGAAGCUCUUAUGAUUAUUGGAGUGGAACGCUACAGCAAAUACGUGGGCUACGGUCACAGUUUCCAGUUCGCAGGCGACCACAAAGACAACACGCCGCGCGACUCCUCGGGACGACGACGCUGUGCUGUACUGGCCAUUGAUGCAGUGCCAUACAAUAGUCUAGCGCAAGAAUUCCGCAGAGAAGCUAUCACUAGAGAGCUUAACAAGGCGUGGGUGGGCAUAUCAUUCGAUAUAGACAGUUACUCCGACCGGCUCCAGUACCCCGGCGUGGCCACCGGCAACUGGGGCUGCGGAGCGUUCGGAGGCACGCCGCACCUGAAGAGCCUCGUACAACUCAUGGCGUGCGCAGAGGCCCGCCGGCCUAUGGCCUACUACACGUUCGGGGACACUCAGCUCAGGGAUGACAUCGCUAACAUGUAUAACUUGUUAGCACGACACAAUGUGACUGUUGGUCAACUGUACAGGUACUUAGUGAGGUUUGCUCAAGAAAACAAUGUACUACUUACACGAUUCUACACGUAUUUGGAAAAAGUCCUAAAGGAGAACAAUGAAUCAUCACAGAACUCCAGCGAUAACAUGAUGGACACUAGCGUCACCGAAUCGACACCAGUUACAGUAGUCAUCGAUGAUGAAUCAACAGACAAUUCCCCAGACUUAUUCUCUCAAGAUGAAAUGGACCAAAGUUUACUGGAAGUGGCAAUACAAUCAGAAAGGAUAGCCAACAAAACAGACACCAAACAAGAAACCACAAACAUGUUUAAAAAACCAAAAACCAACACCACUCAACAAGUAAAAACUGUACAGCCAACGAAUCAUCUAACAGAGCAACAGAUUGAGCAACAAAUCACCCUGCAAAUAGACCAACAAGUUGACCAACACAUUGAACAUAAAGAAUCAUCGAAAUCCCCACCUACUGCAGAUACAAAGAAAAUGUCUUUACUAGACGCGGUCACAAUAAUGGAAGAAGAUAACAAACAUGAACAACAUACAUCACUUGCAUCAAAUAAAAGGUUCUCAUUACUAAGCGACACAAAACCAGCAAAGGUUAGCGAAAGCCAAUCAACACCUGAACGCAAAAGGAGCACGCCUAAGAAACUCAUAACAGAUUAUUUUAAUACAAAGAAUAAUAAAUAAGGCAGUUGUGUAAA